AUGAUUUUGCAUUUCCAGACCAGAAGAACUGUUUUAUUUGCUAACAGUUCUCCUCCCUGUCAGCUCGGGCACACUGAUGCACAGCACAGCCAUCCAAAGCAGUGUGCUUACAGUGAAGCACACAGACACCGUCCCCUAGUAAAACACAUGAAGCACAUAGUUAACCCUUUAAUCGCCCCUCACGUUAACCCCUUCCUGACCAGUGCCAUUACUACAGUGUCAGUGCUUUUUGUUAGCACUGAUCACUGUAUUGGUGUCACUGGGGAUGGCAGUGACACCAAGUCAGAUCCUCACAGUGUCAGAAUGUCCGCCGCAGUC